CAGUACAUAAAUAGGAAAAGUUAAAAACUAGUGCAACUUUAGUGAGAUCAUUUACUAGGGUAAGAUAAGAAUAAACGUUCUCUAUACUAGUGUACGGUCAAAUUCUGUGUCUCUUAUCAUAAGGGAGCCGACUACAAGGAGUUCAGUCUGUCAUGAAUAUCUUAGUUGUGUUAAUAAGCCUGUGUGGCUGGGCAGCUGGGUAUACUAUUCAGUUAACUGAAGUACAAGACAGCCCGGGGAGUCUUCAGGGCACGUUAGAAAUACCAAUAACUGAGGUUACAAACGGCUGGAAAAUAGUACUGACCUUCACUGGACCCAUCUCAAACAUAGAUAUAUGGGCAGGCACAGUGUUUGCAACGUCUGACGACAUGACGACGUUUACCGUAGUUAACAGAGUUGAUAACGGAGUGAUGCACGUCGGCUCCAAACUAGACGUAAAUAUGUUUGUGAAUUUCACUGGAUCAGCGGCACCAACAGCUAUGGCAGAGUUUUCCAACCUUGGACAUGAUCCUUUCACGCCGGUUACUGCUACACCAAAUACGGAUGGCACAAAAUACAACCUGAACGAGGUUCUCGAGAAAUCCAUCCUGUUUUACGAGGCGCAGAGGUCUGGGAAAUUACCAGCAACAAACCGUAUACCCUGGCGGGGAGAUUCCGCUUUACAAGACAGGGGAGAUAAUGGAGAAGACCUAACAGGAGGCUGGUAUGACGCUGGUGACCACGUCAAGUUCAACUUUCCACAAGCUGGGGCAGUUACUAUGCUUGCCUGGGGAUUGCUUGCUUUCAAAGAUGCGUAUGAAGGUGCCAAUCAACUUCAACAUAUGUAUGACUGCAUCAGGUGGCCAUUGGAUUAUUUAAUGAAAUGUCACGUGUCUCCGAAUGAAUUCUACAUCCAGGUUGGUGAUGGUACCGCUGAUCAUAAUUUUUGGGGUCGACCUGAAAAUAUGACAAUGAGUAGACCAGCAUUCAAAAUUGACGAACAACAUCCCGGAAGUGACAUGGCGGCGGAGACAGCUGCGGCGUUCGCGGCAAGCUAUUUAAUUUUUAAGAACGAAGAUCCUUCAUACGCUUCGAAAUUACUGCGCCAUGCGAAGGAAUUAUAUGCUUUUGCUGAAAACCAUCGAGGCAAAUAUUCCGAGUCUGUACCGGAAACAGGUCCUUUUUACGGGUCUGGAGAUGAGAUUGAUGAAAUGAGCUGGGGUGGAGCCUGGAUGUAUAUGGCCACGAAUGAGGCCCACUAUUUGCAAACAGCUGAAUCUGUGUAUAAAGGAGGGGUGGCCUGGGGACAGAGCUGGGGAUCAAAGUUUCCAGGAAGUAUGGUUUUGCUUUAUAACUUGACAAAGAAAGCUGUUUAUCUGAAAGACAUUGAGGCAACGUUUGCCGACUGGCUCCCAAAUGGGUCUGUACCAUACACACCAAAGGGACUUGCUUUCCGCAAUAAAUGGGGAAGCCUUAGGCAUACAGCAAACAUGGCAUUCAUAGCUAUAAUGGCAUCCCUUGAGAACAUACAUCCAACAGAGUACAGGCAGUGGGCGGCAUCACAAAUAAACUAUAUGCUUGGUGAUGGAGGAAGAAGCUAUGUUGUCGGUUUUGGUAACAACCCGCCGACCCACCCUCAUCAUAGGGCUAGCUCUUGUCCUAUGUGGCCCGCUCCAUGUUCAGAUUUUAAUCUGAAUGCCGAUGCUCCCAAUCCACAUGUGCUGUACGGAGGGCUUGUGGGAGGACCAGGUAUCAAUGAUGACUAUACAGAUGUAAGAACUGACUACGUUAGGAAUGAGGUAGCCGUAGACUAUAACGCUGGAUUUCAGUCCGCUGUGGCAGGUUUGAAAGCGUUGUAUAUGAGAGGGGCAAUGUCAUAAAUUACACAUCAUACGUCAGAAAGGUUGACAUGUCGACGAGAACGAAUUAAACUGAAUUUAAAAUA